AUGGAGCAAGUCGCUUCCGGGAGUGGCCAACAAACUCCACGGAGAAAAUGGCGUUAUCUGGAAGCAAUGUCGUUUAUGGAAAAAAUUCCAAAUUCAAGGCGUACUAUUAGCAGCAUAAGCGCAGAUUUCGAAAGUGUCCAAGACAAUAUAAUUAUAGAUCCUUUAGAGGCAUCAACAUCAUCGGCGACAAUAGAAACGUCUCAGCCGGCAUCUUCGGAUGGACGUGGACAAAAGAAAAAGAACGGGGAUGCGUUCGCAAAAUUCCUUGAAACGGCAGGCGCGACCAUAUGUACAAUGAUUAACGAAUCACGUUCGCGUAAAACCAAUUCAACCGCACAACAUUUUGCAUCCUUAGCUACAAAAAUUUCAGAAGCCGGUCUUCCGCCAGAAAUGAUGACAAAUAUCGAGGCAAAAGUGUCGGCACUAGUGUUUGAGGAAAUCAGCAAUUUCUAUUUGGGGUAG